AUGUUACCGAACAUGAGGACAAGACGAAUUACUGGUCUCCAUUUGACCGGUAAAAGUGCAUGUCCUAUGUCCAAAAUACCGCCCAAAUAUAGCAAUGAUGAUUGGGAUUAUAAUAACAAAAUUAAAUUUCGCAUUACGUGCGAUCAGGAACGUCUCGCUGAGCGCAUAGUAGAGGAUUCACGCCGCGUUGUCGAUGAUGUUAACGACACUACCCGUAACUGGCAACGUGAAGUGGAACAUCAUUUACGCGAACGAGCCAGUGAGAUUCGUUUUCUAUGUGAUGAAUUGAAUAAACAAAAGAAAACUGCUUUGCUAGAGGAUGAGGCUCUUACUACUUACCGUAAUCGUAUCUUAAAUGCCAUCGGAUUCCUGAAGGAAAAAUCUUUGAAUAUUUGCCAACGUUGUUUGGUGCUUCGCGAGGGCCGUUUAUCAGUGGAUUUGUGCGAAGACGAUGUAGAUCGCAAUUUGCGCCGCGAGCUCAAAGUAAUCAAAGGUUGUCAAGGCUUGAUGGAUAAAGCUCUAAAAGAGACCAACGAGCAAUUGCGCAAGUUACGUGCUACCAUGUAUUUGCUCGAUAAAGAUUUGGCUCAGAAGGACAAGUCCUUGCUUAUUGAUGAGAAAAACUUGAAGUUGCGCGAUAGCCAACAUGAUUUGGGCAGUAGCGAUAAUGCUAAUCAACCCUGCCUAUACACUUUAGGUGAAUGGCAGCAAAAAACUUAUCUAAAUAUAGAAGGCAACGGUAAAGAACUUAAUUCGGCCUCUCAGUUGAGAGCUUAUAUUGAUUUGAUUCUAUGCCAAGUUUGUGAAGAUAUGCAAAAUCAAACUGAUCGUACCAAUGAAGCUUUCGAUCGCCGCAUUACCGAAGUGAAGCACAUAAAGAAAUGUUUAGAAAAUAAACAUAACGAUACUAUGAAUCAUAUUAUAGAAGUACAGCGUAAUAUUCAACUUCUUGAGGCUGAGAUGUCGGAUAAAAAUCGAGCUCAUCAACUUUGUUUGACACGUCUUAGUAAUCGUGCUGCUCGUCCUGGACUCGAGAUGACUUGUGACGAGGUGCAGCAAUCUCUAUAUAAUGAACUGGAUGCUCUGAAAGCAUCAAUGUGCAGAUUGCAGCAAAAGAUUCGAGAGAACAAGGCUUCGUUGCGCUAUCUAAUGCACGUACAAGUUAUGCAAGAGGAAGAGAUUAACAUUAAAAACAAUUCAAUUAAGAUCGAUGAGGUCGAUUGCAUGACUUUACGUCAAUGCCUAAAAUAUCAAUCAUUUUAA